AUCCUCCUCAGGGUUUCCGCUCCGACUCUGAAUCCAGCUCCUGGUUUUCCUUCUCAUCCGGGACAGUGUCGCCAGCGCCGAGUCUCCUGCGCUAAUGGCUGACCGCUGUUGAGGAGCAGGUAGAGCCGCAGAAACACUUUGACCCGCCUCCUUCCCGAGUGAGGUUACUCGCUCUCUGACCAAUUCCGGGCAAAGUGGGUGUUGGAGGCCGGACUUUGCGAUUCGGGUGUCCGGGGCUCCGGAGAGGGUGAUCGCUGCUUGUGUCAGUUGGGCGGCCGGGCGCCUUGUUUGUCCGUUGCUAGGCCGCUGGUGAUGGAGAGGCGGCAGCCGACGGGAAGCUCAGGCACCCAUGGUUUACUGAAUUCUUAUUCAUGGCUGCGUGACAGUAAUUGAAAAAGCAGUUGCACAGAGGUUGUUCACUGUCAAGAAUAUUUCUUAGCAUUUGAACUUGAUCACAGCAUACAAUGUCCAAGUUAAAAAGUUCUGAAUCAGUUAAGGUGGUUGUGCGAUGUCGGCCAAUGAACGAGAAGGAAAUUGCAGGUGGCUUUGGAAGAAUUGUUGAUAUAGAUGCAAAACUGGGUCAGAUUCUGGUGAAAAACCCCAAAGGAGGCCCAGGUGAACUACCCAAGACUUUCACAUUUGAUGCUGUUUAUGACUGCAAUUCUAAACAAGUAGAAUUAUAUGAUGAGACCUUUCGGCCUCUUGUGGAAUCGGUUCUGUUGGGUUUUAAUGGGACUAUUUUUGCUUAUGGACAAACUGGAACAGGGAAAACCUACACCAUGGAGGGCCUCCGCACAGAUCCUGAAAGGAGAGGUGUCAUCCCAAAUUCCUUUGAGCAUAUAUUCACGCACAUUUCUCGAUCACAAAAUCAGCAAUAUUUAGUAAGGGCAUCAUACCUAGAGAUUUACCAAGAGGAAAUAAAAGAUUUACUAGCGAAAGAUCAAACUAAAAGGUUGGAGCUAAAAGAGAGGCCAGACACUGGUGUAUAUGUCAAAGACUUGUCUUCUUUUGUGACAAAAAAUGUGAAAGAAAUUGAACAUGUUAUGAAUGUUGGCAAUCAGAAUCGAUCCGUUGGUGCCACAAACAUGAAUGAACAUAGCUCUCGUUCUCAUGCCAUCUUUGUUAUAACAGUUGAAUGCUGUGAAAUUGGACUUGAUGGAGAGAAUCAUAUUCGUGUUGGAAAGUUGAAUUUAGUAGACCUGGCAGGCAGUGAACGACAAGCAAAAACUGGAGCUCAAGGCGAACGGUUAAAAGAAGCAACAAAAAUUAAUCUUUCUCUCUCAGCAUUGGGCAAUGUAAUAUCUGCACUUGUGGACGGUAAAAGCACUCACAUUCCCUAUAGAGAUUCAAAGCUAACUCGAUUGCUUCAAGACUCAUUGGGAGGGAAUGCCAAGACUGUUAUGGUGGCAAAUAUCGGUCCUGCUUCCUACAACUGUGAAGAGACACUUACAACACUACGAUAUGCAAAUCGUGCCAAGAAUAUCAAGAAUAAACCUCGCGUAAAUGAAGAUCCUAAAGAUGCACUUUUGAGAGAGUUUCAGGAAGAGAUAGCUCGCUUGAAAGCUCAACUGGCGAAACGGGGUGUUGGCAAGCGAAAGAAGAAGAAUCGAAGGAGGCAAGGGGGAGAAGGAGAAGAUGAACUUGAAGAUGAUGAUGGAGAUGGAGAAGAGGAUGAAGGAAUUAAAAAUGAGCCUGAAUACUGGCGGGAACAACAAGAAAAACUGGAGAGAGAAAAGAAAGCCAUCAUGGAUGACCACAGCUUAGUGGCCGAAGAAAAACAGAAGCUGUUGCGAGAAAAGGAGAAGAAGAUGGGAGAUGUGCAGAGAGAGAGAGAAGCCUCUGAGACUCUUGCCACUAAAAUAAAGGCUAUGGAAAGCAAACUUCUUGUAGGAGGCAAGAAUAUUGUAGAUCACACUAACGAACAACAGAAGAUGUUGGAACAGAGACGUCAAGAAAUUGCUGAGCAGAAACGCCGGGAACGUGAGAUGCAGCAGCAAAUGGAGACUCAGGAUGAAGAGACGCUGGAGCUGAAGGAGACAUACAGUUCUCUCCAGCAAGAAGUGGAUGUCAAAACCAAGAAGCUGAACAAGUUAUUUGCUAAGCUCCAAGCAGUAAAAGCUGAGAUUCAUGAUCUGCAAGAGGAACACAUCAAAGAACGACAAGAGCUGGAACAAACACAGAAUGAACUAACCAGGGAUCUCAAACUAAAGCACCUUGUAAUUGAGAACUUCAUUCCUUUGGAAGAAAAGAAUAAAAUAAUGAACAGAGCUUAUUUUGAUGAUGAAGAGGACCAGUGGAAGACCCAACCCAUUACACGCAUUGAAGGCAAUCAGCAGAUGAUGAAGCGACCUGUAUCAGCAAUUGGAUACAAGAGACCACUUAGUAGCUAUGCAAAAAUGGCUUUGAUAUCAAGAUCAGACCCCCGAUACAGAGCUGAAAACAUCUUGCUAUUAGAAUUAGACAUGCCCAGUCGAACAACUCGGGACUAUGAAGGGCCAGCCAUUGCACCAAAGGUACAGGCUGCACUAGAAGCUGCUUUGCAGGAUGAAGAUGAGCUACAAGUAGAUGCUUCUACAUUUGAUCCUCUGAGAAGUGGUAGUGCAAGAAAAUCAAAGUCCAGGCCUAAAACUGGGAGAAAAAUUGGCCCUUCAUCAGUUGGUUCUGGAACCCCGCUCUACCCACAGUCUCGCGGACUUGUUCCCAAGUAAACCUCAUCUCCCGAAGAUGAAGCUUGUUAGCAGGGAGAUAAAAAUUAGUCGAAUAAACUGUAUCUUGGGUCUAAUUUUAGUCUGACCCCUCACGUUAGAAAUAUAGCUUGGAUUCAGAUUAAAAUGUUACAUUUCUUUUGUUUUUACAAUGUAAAUCAUUCAACUGAGAGACUAGGACACCUUCCUAGGUACCCACAACUCUUAAUCUGACAAAUUAUCUGUUUCAUAAUAUAACCCAAGUGGAUAGUGCCACUGCUUGCUGCUACAAAACCACGUUAUCCUAUAUAUAUAUAUCAAAAGAAUACCUCACAUUUUAUGAGGCAAUUUAUUGUAUUUAAAGAUUUCUUAAAAAUGCUGCAUAACUUUGUCUUUAAUUUAUUAGAUUUUCUCGUUGCAAAAUUGAAUGUAGAUACAGUAGAUUUGAACUUUUGUUAUUGUAUAGUUGGUAAUUUUCAGAAACAUUUUUUAUGACUGUUUAAUUUGGCUGUUAAAUGUUUAGUAUAAUUUUUUUUUCAGACCCGACAAUAGUCAUAAACAAUAAAGCUGGCCAGUGGUCUGACAUUACAAUACACAGUUAGUAAUUGUUGCUUAUUUAGGGGAUAUCUAAAGAUAACCUGUAGCUUCUCUGAACCAUAUUUUUAAAACUCCAACUCAGAAGUUGUAAAAGUGGCGAAUUAGUUUAGCAGCAAGGGAUAUCAUUCAGGAGUAAAUGUGAUUUACUUAUUUUCACAUUCUGCCAGUAUAAGGUCAUAAAUAUUUUUUAAGUUGUUGGUUCUGAUUAUAAAUAACAUUUGUACACCAACUUAUAAACAAAGCUUCCCACAGUGAUAUUUGUUUCUUUUUCAGAUUACUAAGAAUGUCUCCUAACUCAGAUUCUAAAAUAUUUUUACUUCCAGUCACCUCUAAACUUGAUGAAACAUUAUGCUGUCACGUGGUGUCAUAUUUCUUUUCUUACAGCAACUAAGUCCAUUAGUUAUUGAUGUGCGGCAAAUUAUCUAUAUCGCAGAGUCUCAUUUGACAGAAUCACUGGAAAAUAAACCAUGUUGAUUUUCAUGUCUAACCUGUGAUUCAUUAAACAAGGUUUGGUUGUAGAAAUUGAGAUUUUCUAAAUUUCCCCCAAAUAUGCUCAAUAAUUGGUCAUUUUAAGUGUUUCACUAAAUGAUUUUAGGUAGCCAAAUUAAAAUGUUACUCACUGCUUUUGUUGCAAUUAUUGGCAUGUUUUAAAGCAUUAUGUCUGAUGGUUCUUUAUAUUACAGGUCAAACACAUUAUAGCAUUCAAAAUCAAGUAAGGAAUUAGGAAUGUGAAAGGGGAUGACUGAGAGUUUAAUUGAAGCUGCACGGUGGCUCAGUGGUUAGUACUGCUGCCCCACAGCGCCAGGGACCCGGGUUUGAUUCCACCCUCAGGCGACUGUCUGUGUGGAGUUUGCACAUUCUCCCCGUGUCUGCGUGGGUUUCCUCUGAGUGUUUUGGUUUCCUCCCACAGUCCAAAGAUGUGCAGGUUAGGUGGAUUGGCCAUGCUAAAUUGCCCAUAGUGUUCAGCGAUAAGUAGAUUAGGUUGGUUGGGUCUGGGUGGGAUGCUCUGUGGGUCGGUGUGGACUUGUUGGGCCAAAGGGCCUGUUCCCACACUGUAGGGAUUCUAUGGUUCUAUGAUUCUAAAUAGCCCUGAUUUAAAGAGCAAAGUGAGUGUGAUCACCAUAAUUACAUGAGACAAGGACUUCUGUUGCAGAGAAAAAAAUAUUCUUCUAUUGCCUUUUCCAGAAAAAAAAUGAUAUUGACGUUGAAGAAUAUUUAAGAUAUUUUUUUAAAAACUCAAUGUGACAUUAGAUUUGACUGUUGUAACCUCUUUUAAUGCAGUGCUUAAUAAACAUUCUUCAGAGGAUCUUGCCCAUUGUA